AGCAUUUGCUUGUGCCAAACUGGUGCGUGCGGGGUUGGGUUAGUUCAGGCGCCCUGCGGAGGGAGCCUGAAGUGGUUGCCUGGCAGCCGCGGCUGCGCGAUCAGGCGCAGCCACCCAGAGGCAUGAUGCAGGAGUAGCGGCCGCAACCUUCGGCCGUGAUACCAGGGACUCGAGUCCCUGACAGUUUGCAGAGGUUUGGAGAACCAAUCGCUGCGCAGCCUCAGGACCAUCAUGGGCAUCUUGUUCAAGUCGCAGGAGCUCUUUCGCCGGCUCAGCACACCCAGGUGCUUGCCAGUUGCUGCACGGAAGUCGUCCAAGCACAGCCCACGGGAUGCAGUGCAGAAGCUGACGGAUGAAGUACAGCUGUUGACCUGCCCGAGCUCUCCGGAGUCGCAGACAAAGACAGAAGAGCUUUGGAAGGACGUUCACAAUCAUCUUCUUGUCAUCCUGAACCUGCUCAAGGAGCUGUCCGAGAAUUCGAAGACGGACGCACUCCAUGGCCGGGUGAAGGUGACCAAUGACCAACUCCACGUGCUCGAGCAGUUCCUGGCAGCCGAUCUGCCGGUGCAGCUCUUGUCGCAGCUCACGAGCCUGGAGUUCGAAGUUCGGAAGGAUGUGAUGAACGUCUGCUGCGCUCUCCUUUGGCCAGACCUGCCCGAAGAGGUGGCCGCACAGGUUAUGGAGUAUGUCCGGUUUCACCCCACACUUUUCUCCAAGUUGAUGGACAGCUACGCCAGCGAUGAGGCCGCGCUCUUCUCGGGCGUGGUUCUUCGCUCCUUCUUUCGCUACGGGCAACUUGUGGAGACAUUCCUGACCAGCGGCAAGGUCUUUGAGCUCAUUGGCUACGCGCGGCAUCCCAGCAUCGAUGUCGCCGCAGACGCGAUCUACACGCUCCGAACAGCGAUGCUCGAGCACAAGGAGGUGUCGGGUCCGUGGCUCGUUGCCAAUUAUGCGGAGUUUUUCACUCUCUACAAUCCGCUCCUGCAGUGUGAGGACUACGUCGUGGAGCGACAGGCGUUGACUCUUCUUGCAGGGAUGCUGAUGGACCGGAGUUUCCAGAAGGUGAUGAUGAACUAUGUCAGCAACGAGCCGCAUCUGAAGAUCAUCAUGAACCUUCUCCUGGCGGACUCGAAGAGCAUCCAAUCCGAAGCCUUCCACGUGUUCAAAAUUUUCGUGGUCAACCCGCAGAAGCCGCUUCGCAUCCAGCAGAUCCUCGUCAAGAACAAGGACAGGCUCGUUGCGUUGCUCCAAACCCUGCAAUCUGGGAGGUCUGAAGAUGCAAACUUCAACACCGAUCAGCAAAAGGUCAUCGGAAGAUUGCUGGAAAUGAACUUGCCGAUUCAAGAGACCAUCACUCGGUGCAAGCCUCUGGAAGAACCCACCCGUGUGACGGGGGCCCGGCAUAUUCCUGCCCAGUGCCAGUAAAGAGCUUGGCGAUUGGGUGGCGCGGGGUACAACGAGAACUCCAGCGAUUGGAUUGGGGGGA